AUGGCAGAAGGUGGGGAAGAGGAAAAUAACCCCUUUUCUUUCAAAAAGUUUGUGAAAUCUAAAGACAAGCAUGUUGUACAAAGUAAUGAAGAUGAACCGGAAUCUAAGCAAGAAACUGUGACUCAAACAAAAGAAACUUCAAAGGAUUCAAAGAAGAAGAAGAAACAAGAUGAAAAUCCUUUUUCCUUUAAAAAGUUUUUGGAAUCUUCUGGAUCAGGAAUCAAACCAAAGGACAGAAAUGACAGAGUUCGUCAUUCCCAGCGGACCAGUCAGAAUACUCCAGACUUUGCCACUGAUCUCCCAGAUUUUGUCCAAGAUCAUUUUCAGGACAGCCCUGCGGCAUCCAAGUUCCCUCCUAAUUUAGAUUUCCCUCUCCCAGAUUUAGGAUUUCCAAAUGAAUCGACUCAGAGAGGGCAUUCAAAUUCAUUUAAUGAACAAUUUGAGGUGAGAAAUAGUGACUCCAGAAAUUUAUCAUCAGACAGCUUAAGGGCCAGGGGUGUGUUCACUCCCAACAAUAGUGCAAGUGACCUAGUUUCUGGAAUUGGUGAAGUGAAUCGUGAUAAUACUGAUGAUGAAGAUUUCAUGCCUAAUCGUCCUCAAGUUCCCACGAGUCUUCCCGACUUUAUUACAGAUGGCAUAUUCAAAAAUACAGACAAUGCCCAAAGUAAUGAGAUUUCUUUACCAAGGCCUCUACACAGUCACUCUCAGCUGAAUGGCUCACACUCUCUGAGAACAGCAUCAAAUGGAGAGGAGGAAAAUGAAAGAUUGAAAGUAGAGAAUGAAUCAUUGCGGCGACAAUUGGAGGAGGCCAGAAAUAGAACGCUUAUGGAAACAAAAAGGUGCAAUAAGUUGAAAAAAGAAAUGGAAGCAGCUCAGAAGAAGGAAGCUGAGGACACAGCAGCCAUGGAGAAAAUGCUGGAAGAGGUGGAAGCCAAUUUACUCACUUCAACAAAAAGGGCAGUUGCAGCAGAGAACCAGGUUGCUGUUUUACAGAAACGUGUCACAUUCCUGGAGAAUGAGAAUGAGUUACUUAAGUCUGGAGACAAAGGAUUGGUAGAUCUAAAGGAACGGACAACUUAUGUUUCUCAGCAGUUAGUUUCUGUUGUAUCAACUGCAGAACAAAAUCUCAAGCAAAUGUUGUCAGGAGUGGAGAAUUUACGAAUCAUGUCUCAAGUGUUAAAAUCUAUUGACAAAGUCACAGAGACAGAGGAUACAUCGGGUGAAAGUUCAAAUCCAAAGAAGAGCAGCUGACACACUGAGUGGGUCAGAGGUCAGUGUGUCAGAGGUCAUAGUUCAGAAUAAGAGAGGUUGUUUCCAUGAACAUGUGUAAUUAAUUAAAGAAGACUUAUUAUAAAUAAAUGAAUUUUGUAUAAUUUAUAAAAAAUCUAUAUCUUUGUAAAAUUUGGAUCAUAAUGUGUUCUGCAGAAAAGUUAUUUUGUAGCUUGCCUUUAAAUUUUUACUAGAUUUACAAAAA